GCGUACCUCAUCCACCACGCCCGGUAAUUCCACCACUCCACCCUCCAAAUUGCUUUAACGCUGCCCUUUUUUUUAUAUGAAUAGUGAAAUUCCAGUUUAACCGCCACCGCCCAAUGUUUUCACAUUUCCUCGUUCCUUUCACGAUUUCGUCGUCUUCUUCUACAUCUUUCACCUUUCCACCUUUCCACGUCUUUAUAGAUAGAUAAUGAAUCAUCAUCGUCAUCGUCAUCGCUGCUUCUGAAGCAAAAUCAAGCUCACUAUUUAAACCCUAACUCUGUUUAAGUUCUCUUUAGUUCACUCUCAUCGACCGAGAUUCAACCUUUUAACUUAGCAAACAAUGAGCCUGCUCAGGCGAUUCGAGCUCAUCGAGCCCUCCUACUACCCUCCCCUCUUCCUCCGAGAUACCUCCAUUUUUGCCCCCAAAACCCUACCUUUCCCUUUUUUUGUAAAAGAGGAUGAUCUCGAUCUCGAUCUCCCAAACAUUUACCCUGGCCAUGGCCCCAUAGAUUUCUUCGAAACGGUCACCGAUCUUGUCUGCUUCAAUGAAACGCCGUCGAUUUCUUCUUAUAGACGACUUCAGCGAUUCGACAGUCUCGGAGCCCAGUCUUUUUACUUGCAGAGUCUGUCCGACCGAGUAAGCCUGCUGGAGUCGCGUUUCGACCGGCUACUCAGCUCGAGGUCCAAGGGCGGCGACCGGAAGUACACUUGGACGGCGGAGAUCAAGAGCCCGGAGAACGACGGAGUGGAUCGGAAGUACAAAUGGACGACGGAGAUCAAAGAAGGGAGGAAGGAGAAGGGAGGUAUUAAGAAGAACUAUAAGUGGUCGGCUGAGAUUAACGGGAGGGGAGAAGGGGGCCGUCCGAUCGAGCGGACGUACACGUUCAAAGCAUCAAGUGGCGACGCCGAUGAUCAUAGUGGAUCAAAGAGGAAGGAGGCGAAGGAGAAGAAGAAAAAGAAGACGAAGGGAGAGAGUGACACGCUUUUUGUGGAGAUCGAAGAGCCAGUAGAUCAUGGGGCUGUGGUUUUAAGACAGGCCUUUGCCAAGAGAGUUGGAGCUAUUGAAAGGAGCAAAGGUAAGAAGAAGGAACUAUCUCCCCUAGAUGCUGCGUUGAUGAUUCAGAUGAGCUUUAGAGCUUAUCUGAUCCGUAGAUCACAGGCGCUUCGUGCCCUUAGAGAUUUAGCAGUUGCCAAGACCAAGUUGAAGGAGAUCAGAGUAUUGUUCAAUAAUUUCUCCUACCGUCGUCGUGUAGCUCAAGAUGCAGAAGAGCGUCAGAGGUUCUCAGAAAGAAUUAUUGUCCUUCUCCUUACAGUUGAAGCCAUUGAGGGAGCUGACCUCAUGGUGCGUGCUGCAAAGAGGUCAAUGGUGGAUGAGUUAGAGGCAAUGCUCGAUGUAGUGGACCCACAGCCUCCUGGUAAAUCACUAUCCAUGAGGAGGAGGACUUUUGAUAUGCCUGAUGGUGUCAUUCAGAAGGAAAUUGCUGCAGGUGUGGCACGGGUUGUCCAAAUGCUUAAUCGGGAAGAGGAGAGUGCCAACGCCUUCAAAGCAUCCCUCUGAGGGAAUGGAAAAAAAAUGUCAAAAUCUACUCAUGGCAGAAAAUGCAGUUCCAUGGUCAACAGGGACGAUUGAGGCAGAUGACAUGGUCGAGAGGUUUUCUCUGGUUUCGGUGAUUAGUUUCUUUGAGUAGUACCAAAGACUGCGGAAAAACAAAAACUUAAGAUGUAACACUAAAUAGGGCCAAUCUAAAUGGCUCAUUAGCAGUCUCUGUAUUGUCCAAAAUGAAGAAAAUCUGUUCUAA